AUGAUUCAAGCGGGAGCCUUUCGAGGGCAGGAGAGUGACCAGGAACCGCGCUGGCGGAGAGCCGUCGGGGCUCCGAUUAAUGAAUGGGCAGCGCCGAUUUAUGAAUGGGCGGUGCCGAUUUAUGAAUGGGCGGUGCCGAUUUAUGAAUGGGAGGCCCCUCCCCUCCGCCCCGCCCCCUCCGCCGGCUCUCCCCGCUCCCUCCUCGCCCGCCCCGUCGGGGCCGGUCGCCACCGGCGCGGCCAUGGCCCAUCGCCCGCCGCCCCGCCGAGCCCCGCCGCUCGCCCGCCGCCUGCCGCCGCCGUUAUGAGGCGCGGGGGCCCCGCUGCCAUCGCCGCCUGCCUCGCCGGGGCCAUCGCUGUGCUGGCGGGACCGGGACCGGGAAGCACCGGUUGGAGCAGCCGGCGGCCCCCCCGUAGCUACGGGCAUUUGGAAGGCGAUGUGCGCUGGCGGAGGCUCUUCUCCGCCACCCGCUUCUUCCUGCGCAUCGACGGCGGCGGCAGCGUGGAGGGGACGCGCUGGAGGGAGCGUCCGGGCAGCAUCGUCGAGAUCCGAUCGGUGCGAGUCGGCGUUGUGGCCAUCCGGGCAGUGCACACUGGCUUCUACCUGGCCAUGAACAAGCAGGGGAGGCUCUACGGGUCGAAGGAGUUCAACCCCAACUGCAAGUUCACAGAGCGCAUCGAGGAGAACGGCUACAACACCUACGCGUCGCUGCGCUGGCGGCACCAGGGCCGCCCUAUGUUCCUCUCGCUCAAUAGCAAGGGCAGGCCACAGCGUGGGGGCAAGACGCGUCGGCAGCACCUCUCCACCCACUUCCUCCCCAUGCUCGUUGACUGAGCCCUGCAGGCAACUCCGGACCAUCCUGUAGGGAAAAAAAAACACAACAGGGAAAAAAGGGUUAUUUUAUUUAUUGUUUUAUUUUGCUAUUUAUUGUUUUAUUCUUAAACGGAUGGCGGACGUAGAAGGCAGAUGCUCCAGAUGCAGUUGCACAGGGAUGCAGCUCUCCCCACCGUCCCAUGGAUGCAGAGCUGGCACGAAGCAGCCCGGAGAGCGUGGGCACCGUGUGCUGGAGCUGCCAACACCGCGUGCAGGUGGCUGUCG